UUAUCUCGGCGUCAUUCUGACUUCACAGUUUACAUCGACGCAUUCCGUUAAAACUAUAUAAAUACGAAAAUGGUCAGCAAAGGCAACUAAAGAGUUUAUAACUCAGCACAUCUAAGCAACGACACUUUGUUACAUAUAAUGUUUACAAUAUACUCCAAACGGGUUUCCGCUACUACAACUACAUGUGUAACGGCUGCACUUCAUCGUUCAACUACUACAUUCGGGGUGUUGGCUUCCUGCUUAUGGAGAUAUUAAGCCCGUUGGCUCGAUUACGAGCGUCUUUUCUUACUCUUGGACGAUCGCUGUUGUCUUCUCGUAGACUCAUCAGUCGCAGCAUGGCCUCUGAAUCCGUCACGCGCUUUGAUUUUCUGGUGAUUGGCGGAGGGUCCGGAGGGCUGGCCGGUGCGCGGCGGGCGGCUGAACUCGGUGCCACCGCAGCCGUCAUCGAAAGUCACAAACUCGGAGGUACCUGCGUGAAUGUUGGUUGUGUUCCUAAAAAGGUUAUGUGGAAUACAUCCACUCAUGCAGAGUAUCUCCAUGAUCAUGAAGACUAUGGAUUUGAGGGAGCAAAAGCACAUUUCAGCUGGCAACUCAUUAAACGCAAAAGGGAUGCUUACGUUAGUCGCCUGAAUCAGAUUUACCUGAGCAACCUUGAAAAGGCCAAAAUUGAGUCCAUUCAUGGCUAUGCAAGGUUCACAGAUGACCCUGAACCUACCGUUGAAGUCAAUGGAAAGAAAUACACAGCCACCCAUAUCUUAAUCUCCACUGGCGGUCACCCGUCCACUGUCAGUGAGGAUGAUGUACCAGGAGCUGGUUUAGGCAUUACCAGUGAUGGAUUCUUUGAACUUGAAUCUUGCCCUAAACGUAGUGUCAUAGUUGGGGCUGGAUAUAUUGCUGUGGAGAUGGCUGGUAUCCUUUCCACUCUGGGGUCCAAAACGUCCAUCAUCAUCCGACAAGGAGGGGUGCUGAGGAACUUCGAUGCCUUGAUAAGCUCAAAUUGCACAAAAGAAUUGCAAAAUCAUGGUAUUGAUUUACGGAAAAAUACUCAGGUGAAGUCAGUGCAGAAGACUGACAAGGGCCUCACUGUUACGCUUGUGACAAAAGACCCUGAUGUCAAGGAUGCAGAGGACAAGUUGGACACCAUCCAUGAGGUGGACUGUCUGCUCUGGGCUAUUGGCAGGGAACCCAGUACUGCUGGCCUCAACCUCAGUCAAAUAGGUGUGAAGCUUGAUGAAAAGGGACACAUCAUGGUGGAUGAGUUCCAGAACACCACUCGUCCAGGCGUUUAUGCAGUUGGGGAUGUUUGUGGGAGAGCUCUUCUUACACCUGUUGCUAUUGCUGCUGGCAGAAAGCUUGCUCACCGACUAUUUGAGGGCAAAGCAGACUCCAAAGUCGAUUAUAAUAAUAUCCCUACUGUUGUGUUCAGCCACCCACCAAUCGGCACAGUAGGACUAACUGAAGACGAAGCAAUCAAGUCCUGGGGAAAGGACAAUGUGAAAGCUUAUACCACUUCUUUCACCCCCAUGUAUUACGCCAUCACCACUCGAAAGAGUCAGUGCAUCAUGAAGUUGGUGUGUGCUGGCAAAGAGGAAAAGGUGGUUGGCCUCCAUAUGCAGGGUUUUGGCUGUGAUGAGAUGCUUCAGGGUUUUGCUGUGGCUGUUAACAUGGGGGCUACUAAAGCAGACUUUGACAGAACCAUAGCCAUCCACCCGACGUCCUCAGAGGAGCUAGUAACAUUGCGCUAAUCAAGUGUUCAUAUUCCAACGUGCCACUUCAGAAGAUUGUUCCUAUCCAAACAAUAAAAAACGCUACGUUUUUUGACUAUUCUAUCCAGCAUUUUGUAACGAGAAGCGUUUUCUUGGUUUGUUGUAUUACUGGGGUCAUUAGUCACUAGUGAUUAAGACAAUACAGCAACAUUCAUCAGGCUGCGUCUUGAACUUGGCAUUGUUGUACUCCAUUUUCACUGGUAUUAUUGUUUGAUUGGAACAAGGUCAGAUGAAGGCUUGAUGAUUUAUAAUAGCUAAAAUUCUAAUUAAAUCUGUUUAUAGUAAAACACUGUUGCUUUGAUCUUACAUUUCUAGAAAGUUUAAUUCAGAGUUGCUUUCAAUAGAAGUGGGUAGUGCUUUCUCAAUAUUUGUAAAAUAAAAUUGGAUAUGCAGUUUUCUCACA